AUGAACCAGCUCUCUGGUAUUAUACCCCCUGAAAUAGGAAACCUCACUAAUCUUGUCUAUCUUGACUUGUCGUCUAAUCAGUUUUCAGGCGAAAUCCCAUCACAGUUUGGCUCACUGUCAAAGGUUGAGAACCUCUUCAUCAUUAAUAACCAUUUAAAUGGUUUCAUUCCUGUUGAAAUAGGGAGACUGAAAUCACUUGAGAUUUUAGCCUUACAGAAUAACAAUCUUUCUGGUCUAAUUCCAAUAACUCUAGGUGGCUUAACUCAGCUCAAAUUUUUGCCCCUUUAUUCUAACCAACUUUCAGGUCUCAUUCCUAGUGAGUUGGGGAAUCUGAAAAACCUCAAUGAUUUGCAGCUAUCCCAUAAUAAGCUUAGUGGUUCAAUUCCAGUUACUUUAGGUUACUUAACUGAGCUCAAAAUUUUGUAUCUUUAUUCUAACCAACUUUCUGGUCUCAUUCCUAGUGAGUUGGGGAAUUUGAAAAACCUCAAUGAUCUGGAACUAUGCAAUAAUCAACUUAGUGGUUCAAUUCCAAUUACUCUAGGUGACUUAACUGAGCUCAAAAUUUUGUAUCUUCAUUCUAACCAAGUUUCUGGUCUCAUUCCUAGUGAGUUGGGGAAUCUGAAAAACCUCAAUGAUUUGCAGCUAUCCCAUAAUAAGCUUAGUGGUUCAAUUCCAAUUUCUUUAGGUGACUUAACUGAGCUCAAAAUUUUGUAUCUUCAUUCUAACCAAGUUUCUGGUCUCAUUCCUAGUGAGUUGGGGAAUUUGAAAAACCUCAAUGAUUUACAGCUAUCCCAAAAUAAGCUUAAUGGUUCAAUUCCAAUUUCUUUAGGUGACUUAACUGGUUCAAUUCCAAUAACUCUAGGUGACUUAACUGAGCUCAAAAUUUUGUAUCUUUAUUCUAACCAACUUUCUGGUCUCAUUCCUAGUGAGUUGGGGAAUCUGAAAAGCCUCAAUGAGCUAGAUUUAUCCGAUAAUAAGCUUAGUGGUUCAAUUCCAAUAACUCUAGGUGACUUAACUGAGCUCAAAAUUUUGUAUCUUUAUUCUAACCAACUUUCUGGUCUCAUUCCUAGUGAGUUGGGGAAUCUGAAAAGCCUCAAUGAGCUAGAUUUAUCCGAUAAUAAGCUUAGUGGUUCAAUUCCAAUAACUCUAGGUGACUUAACUGAGCUCAAAAUUUUGUAUCUUUAUUCUAACCAACUUUCUGGUCUCAUUCCUAGUGAGUUGGGGAAUUUGAAAAACCUCAAUAAUCUGGAACUACAAGAAAAUCAACUUACUGGUCAAAUUCCUAGAGAGUUGGGGAAUUUGAAAAACCUCACUAUAGUGGAUUUAUCCUUUAAUCAGCUUACUGGUCUUGUUCCUGUUUCCUUUGGCAAUUUGAGAAACUUGCAGACACUAAAUCUCGGUGCGAACGAACUUUCGGGUUCUAUUCCAAAAGAACUUGCAUAUGUGGAUAACUUGGUAGAGCUGAUACUAAGUGAAAAUCAGUUUUCAGGCCAUUUGCCAGAGCGGCUUUGCCAAGGUGGGAAACUUGAGAUUUUCACGGUGAAUAGUAACAAGCUUACAGGGCCAAUCCCAAGAAGCUUGAGCAAGUGCUCGAGUUUCAAAAGGGUUCGCUGCAAUAACAACAACUUUACUGGGAAUUUGUCUGAAGCUUUUGGCAUCCAUCCAGAGCUUCGGUUCAUUGAUUUGAGCGACAAUGAUUUUCAUGGUGAACUCAGCAGUAACUGGGGAAAAUGCAAAAAAUUAAUUGAUUUGCGUGUAGCCAGAAAUAACAUUAGUGGUUGCAUACCAACAGAGAUUGGAAAUGUCAAAGGGCUUUUAGGACUUGAUCUUUCAUCUAAUCAUUUGAUUGGGCAGAUUCCAAAGGAAUUUGGAAAAUUAACCUCUCUGAAGAGUUUGAUGCAAAAUUUUGCAUCGGGUAAGGAGGACACGGAAGUGUUUACAAGGUAA